ACAUCCUGUCAGCGGAGGUGUUUAUUAUUUGUGCAGCCGUCAGAGGCUCCUUCAGUACCCGAAAACAGCAGCCCCUCCGCGGACUGUUUCACCCUGAUGGUCCCGGUGCUUGGUCCGCAGGCUCCACUUCACUCAGCUCCGGUGUAAAUACUGCCUGACAGACCCGCUGCUUCUCCCCACUUCAACCGGAAUAACAAACUGGGGGGUCGCUGCUCCGGUUGGAUCUACAAGGAGAGCCGGGGCUAGCUGAGAGGCUAGCGGAGCGUUAGCCGAGCAGGCAGCGGGGCGAUAGCUCGGUCCGAACGGCGGGCAGAGGCAGCGCAGCAUGGCCGUUGGGAAGCACAGCCAGGCGGCGGAGGAGAAGACGACGACUCGGGGUCAGAGUGACGUGAACAGGAGGUUGAAGUACAUCAGUCUGGCCGUGCUCGUGGUCCAGAAUGCGUCGCUCAUCCUCAGCAUCCGAUACGUCCGCACGUUGCCGGGCGACCGCUUCUUCACCACGUCGGCUGUCGUCAUGGCAGAGAUCCUGAAGGUCCUGACGUGCCUGCUCAUCAUCCUGCUGCAGAAGAAAUUCAGCGUGAAGGAGACUGUGUCCUUCCUGGUCGACUCCAUCGUGUUUCAGUACAAAGACACUCUGAAACUGGCCGUUCCUUCUCUCAUCUACACGCUGCAGAACAACCUGCAGUACAUCGCCAUCUCCAACCUGCCGGCCGCCACCUUCCAGGUGACGUACCAGCUGAAGAUUCUCACCACGGCUCUGUUCAGCGUGUUGAUGUUGAGAAAGUCUCUGUCCAGAGUUCAGUGGGUUUCACUGCUGCUGCUGUUCGGAGGCGUGGCCAUCGUUCAGGUGCAGCAGGAGGGGAACAAGGAGGCGUCGGUGUCGGACAGCUCCAAUCAGAACUACACGGUGGGCCUGGUUGCCGUGGUGAUCAGCUGCAUGUCGUCGGGAUUCGCCGGCGUUUACUUCGAGAAGAUCCUGAAGGGGAGCUCGGCCUCCGUCUGGUUGCGGAACGUGCAGCUGGGCGUCUUCGGCACGGUGCUCGGCCUGCUGGGAAUGUGGUGGAACGACGGCGCCGCCAUCGCCGAGCGCGGCUUCCUGUUCGGCUACACCGGCAUGGUGUGGUGCGUCAUCUUCAACCAGGCGUUCGGCGGGCUGCUGGUCGCCGUGGUGGUGAAAUACGCCGACAACAUCCUGAAGGGCUUCGCCACCUCCUUCUCCAUCAUCGUCUCCACGGUGAUGUCCAUCUACCUGUUCGGUUUCCACGUGGACCUGAUGUUCACGGCGGGGGCGGGACUCGUCAUCGGCGCCGUCUACAUGUACAGCCUUCCCAAAGCGGCCAGCGGCUCUUCGUCCCCGAGCUCCUCCUCGUCUUCCUCGGCGGCGGCGGCGCCGGGCACGGACAGAGGCGCCGAGAUGGAGGCGUUUCUGCCAAAGUGUGACGGUAAAGAGAAAGGAUCGUGAGAGGACGAAUGACUCUGAAUGACGGAUGGAUGUUUGAAUUUCUGUUGUUCUCCUGCUUCAGUCAGCACCACAGCGCCCCUCCUGGUCCGACCACAGUACUGCAGUAUUACUGGAAAUACACAGUUAAUUCAUACAGUAUCAAACUUACAGCAGCGUGUUGCCGCCAUCACGGCAGAAUUACUUGAGAAUAUUUAGAAAUAGUGAUUAAAGAAAAGUUUUUUACUCUUUAAGGUACUUCAGCCUCAAGACAACAUCAGUAUGUCAGUAUUAUCACUGUGCUAAUGUUAGCGUUUAGCUCAGAGCACCACAGUGCCUACACGCAGCCUCACUGAGCUGCUGCUGCUUUAAACUCUCACCGUUACGAUUUCAGCACCUCAGACACAAGUUCAACCUUUUAAUUUAACAUUUAAUAAAGAUAGAAAACUGGUGGUCGUCUGCUGUGGAAGCACGUCUCUACCAGGAAAAGAAAAAAACAUAAAAUGCUAAAAAAAUAAUGGUAAAUUACAAUUGUGAGGGAAAAAAAAAUCAAAAGUAAGAUUUAUUCAUGGCCUGAAAUUUUAAUUAGUAUUUCAAUCAGUAUUUUUUAUUUUUAUGACUCCUUUUAUGUUUAACAGUGUGUGGAGUAUCUGACAUUUCAAAAUAAAAAAUUAUUAUUAUUUAUAGAUUGAUCGUCAACAUGUGAGAAAGGAAAUCAUUCAAGUUUUCUCUUUAACCUCCUGUCUCAUAAUUUAAAAUAAUGAGAUUUACUACUUUUUAAAUUUUAAAAAAUUAAAAAUGUAAUUUUUAACAGGAGAUUUUGUUUUUUCUGUUGUUUUUAACAUUUGGAGGAUAAGUGGAAGGUGAAUAUCUGUUGUUUCCAGAUAAAAUCAGUUAAAACUGUUUUUGUCGACAUUUUUCACUAAAUCAACAUAAUUUGAUGGUAAAUCAAAACACUAACAAUAAAACUGAAAACUAAUUAGUCACACUAGACUAAUUAUAUGAGAAGUUUUAGGACAAAAUUAUGACAAAAAUCAAUAUUUAAAGUUAAGAUAAAUGAUAAAAGAUAAUAUGUUUAAUAUAAAAGUGAAAACUGAGUUUUUGAGUAAAUAUUAUGAGAUACUGAGUCAAAAUUUUGACUUAACGAAGUCAAAUAAUGAGCUCGUAAAGACAGAUUAGAACUUUUUAGGAUAAAAUCAAUAUUUUAAGUUAGUAAAUCAAAAUGAGAUUAUAUGAUUAUGAUGAUUAAUGUGAAACCAAAGCUGACUUUUUAGGUAGAAUCUCAUGAUUUUAGAUAUUAUUUUGUUUGUUUUACAUGUGGAUGUUAAGUGAAUGUGGAAUAUCUGUUAUUUCAAAACUGUUAAUGUGAACAUUUCUUAUUAAAUCAACAUAAUUAGAUGAGAAAUCAAAAUAAAAGUUGCAAUGAAAUGGAAAACUAUAUCAUAGACUGACUAUAUUAGAACUUUUUAGGACAAAAUUAUGAUAAAAAAAUAUUUAAACUAAUUAACUCAAAAUUAUAAAAAGACUUGAAAAA